AAUUAUAAGCAUGGCUUACACUGCAGUUGCCAUGCCUACCUCUCCAGCAGCAACUUCUGCCACCAUGGACAUUAUAAAAGAACAUAAUAGUCUUCGCCGCUCACACUCUAGCAAAGACCUGUGCACACGUUCGAUUAUCCGAAGGUCUUAUUCAGACAACCACUUAUGUUGUUCCAUCAAUCGUCUACAAGCCACUUCAGUGCCACCAAAAGUUAAGAGCAACCAAUCAAUUGGAAUUCCCCCGUUUCAAUUUUCAGGUUCCAUUCUUCCAAGUUCCCUGCGUUCCUUAUUGUUUGACCCAGAAACAAGCAAGGACAUUAAUAUGGAGGAGAAGAACAUAAAUAUUGAGGAAAGCAUGGUGGAAAGUAGUAAAGAAGAGAGAGUAAAUAGAGCCAACUGGGUAGAGAGGCUUAUGGAAAUUAAGAAACAUUGGAGAAGUAGACUACCAAAAGAAAGCAUGGAUCCUGAUGUGAUAUACAAUAACAACAUGUAUGAUGAUGAAUGUGAUUGUAAUGGAGAUGACAAUGUUUGUGUUGCGUGUGAACAAGAAGAAAAAGAAGAAGGGCAAGAAGUGACAUAUGAUCGUGACUCAUUCUCAAACUUUUUGGUUCAAGUGCCAUGGUCAGAUACUAAACUAUACUCUCAGCUAGCUUUCUUGUGCAACAUGGCUUAUGUAAUACCCCAAAUUAAGGCUAAGGACUUGAGGAGAUACUACAACCUUCAAUUUGUGACAUCUUCAUUAGAGAAGAAAGCUGAAGUGACUAAGUUAAAACUGAAACUUGAUCAGGACUCGAUCCGCAUUCCUAUAGAUGACUCAGUAAACUCUCAAGAUGUCCCAAAGAAAGGCAAAGAAAUUGAACAAAAGCAUCAAAUUCGACUAGCUUAUGAUAUUGCUGCCUCAGCUGCCUCUUAUGUCCAAUUACGAGCUAAGGAUCUAUUGUCCCUUGCUGCUGCUAAGUCACAACAAAGUGAUAAUGAUGAUUGGAAUGAAAGGGGAGAAUCACCAGGAGAAGAAGCAGAAGGCACUUCACGGGUUUAUAAAUCAGAGGUUGCAGCUUAUGUGGCAGCAUCAACAAUGACUGCAGUGGUUGCAGCUGGGGAGAAGGAAAAGCAGGAAGCAGCAAAGGACCUCCAAUCACUUCAUUCCUCACCUUGUGAAUGGUUUGUUUGUGAUGAUCCCCGCAAUUACACACGCUGCUUUGUAAUUCAGGGAUCAGACUCCCUGGCAUCUUGGCAAGCAAACCUCUUCUUUGAGCCCACCAAAUUUGAGGACACAGAUGUAUUAGUUCACAGAGGAAUUUAUGAAGCUGCAAAAGGAGUAUAUAAGCAAUUCAUGCCAGAAAUAAUGGAUCAUUUGAAAAGACAUGGGGAUAAAGCAAAGCUUCAAUUCACUGGGCACUCCCUUGGGGGCAGUCUCUCUCUUUUGGUUCAUUUAAUGUUGUUGACUAACAAGGUUGUUAGCCCCUCCACUCUUAGACCAGUAGUGAGUUUUGGCUCACCAUUUGUGUUCUGUGGAGGCCAAAAAAUAAUCGAUGAGCUUGGCCUGGAUGAGAGCCACAUCCACUGUGUUAUGAUGCAUAGAGAUAUUGUUCCCAGGGCCUUCUCCUGCAAUUACCCCAAUCAUGUAGCUCUAGUUCUUAAGCGCUUAAAUAGCUCCUUUCGCUCACAUCCUUGCCUCAUAAAAAAUAAGCUGUUGUACUCACCACUGGGUAAAAUAUUCAUUCUCCAACCGGAUGAGAAGACAUCUCCUCCACACCCUUUACUCCCCGCAGGAAGUGCCUUCUAUGCCUUGAACAAUACAAAAUGUGGAUACUCUCCAAGUGUUCUUAAAACCUUCUUGAAUCAACCUCACCCUAUUGAAACACUAAGUGAUCCAACAGCAUAUGGUUCAGAGGGCACAAUCCUAAGAGAUCAUGAUUCCAGCAACUACCUUAAAGCUAUCAAUGGAGUCUUGAGGCAACAUUCAAAGAUUCUUGUUCGCAGAGUGAGGAAGCAAAGGAUUAAUCAAUUGUGGCCACUAUUGACUUCACCAUCUCCACACUCGUGGACCCAUGAACAGAACUUGGAGAGAUGCACCUUGAUCACUAAGGAGAUAAUCACAGGGGUCUAG